GCUUGCAGCGCUGCUCUAAAGCUCACUUACUGUUUUAGUGCUUGCGCUGCCCUCUGCUGGAAGCAGGGGUAACUGCAGAAUCUUAUGCGUAUCUUUACGCCGUUUCUAACGCAUUCUUACACUAAAACUUCUCUGACUUGUAGCAGUUAAUUCACAGCUUGUUCUCACUGUAGGUUCAUGCGUGUUUUUCCGCCUGGAUCAUAAGUGUUCUGCAGGAAUCAGGAAGUGAGUGAAAACCAUGAACACAGCAGGAUGUAAUACGUUUCCUGAUGAUGGGUGAUCAGUAACCGAUCAGCUCAGACCUAACUUUAUCGAUCCGACGUGCACGAGCUCUAAGGGUUAAUUAGGGCUGGGAGGAAGAGGAGGAGGAGGAGGAGGAGUGUCGCGCAGCGGCUCAGUCAGUCGGUCGGUACGAGCUGAGGAAGAGGAGGAAUCUGUUCCUUCAGCAGCGCUUCAACAAUGGGUUCGCGUCCGGGUGUUUGAGUGUUGGUGCGCGCCGUGACGUCCCACAUGUUUAAAUGCUGCAGAAACACACCGUUCAUCUCGUCCCUGCGUGCGUGUGAGAGUGGGCGCUGGCACGGACAGAUCACGCGCACAUGCUCGCGCAGCCGGUCAUGUGACUAUUUAGAGAAGAUGUUCAGCUUUGAGUGAGCUACCCGUGGGCAGGAGGUCUGAGGAGAGGCAAAGGAUCAUGGGAGAUGGAGGACCUCUGCAGACCGAGGGGAAUGCUCUCCUCAAAGCCGUCUUCCAGGGAAAGCUGCGACUCGCCCGGUUGCUACUGGAGGGCGGAGCCUACAUCAACGAAGGCAAUGAACGAGGAGAGACGCCCAUCUCUGCUGCCUGCCUGGGGAGCUACGAAGACCCACAGACCCGCCAGAGGAUGGUCCGGUACCUGCUGGAGAAAGGAGCUGACCCAAACAUCCCCGACAAGAGCGGACGAACAGCACUGAUGCAUGCCUGUGCUGAGCAAGCAGGAAAGGAAGUGGUGUCACUGCUGCUGGAGAAUGGAGCAGAUCCCAGCCUCAAAGACUAUUCUGGUGCUUCUGCUCUUGUCCACGCCAUCAACAAGGGAGACCGCGAGACCCUGCAGGUGCUACUGGACUCUUGCAAGGCAAAAGGCAAAGAGGUAAUCAUCAUCACCACUGACACUUCUCCAUUGGGCACCAAAAAGAUCAGACAAUACCUGAACUCACCGCCCUCCCCGGGCAUCGUGGACAAACUGUCUCCUGCCUGCAUGUCUCCCUCAGAUGUGGUGAUUGGUACUUCGUCACCAGCAGGAGACAACAGCAAAGAUAAGGAGGGGAUCUUUAGUUUUGCACUCACCUCAGCAUUACCUUUACCUUCAGCUCGGCCUGCAGGUGAGAAGAGGUCCCCUCCUCGAAAGCUCCUGAAGAGGCUGAACUCAGAGCCUUGGGGCCUUGUGGCGCCCUCAGUGCUAAGCGGAGUUCCUCAGGACAGAUUGGAUCAUGGUCUGGAGGAGGAGGUCAGUAGUGACCUAAGCAGAACGAUCUCUGAGAUGAACGGCUUGUCCAUCUUGGAGCCAGUACGAACUCGGUUGUCACGGAGGCACAGCAUUGAGACCCAUGACCCCUGUUCUCCUAAACCCAUCGAUCGGUCAUGCUCUGAAGACUGCACAGGCCUUUCUGCUCUUUCUUGGGCUGACAAGGUCCAGCAGCAUCAGGUCCUGUACCGUAGAAAUACAGCUCCCGAGCCCCAGGAGAUUGCUGGGGGCCCAGGGGCAGUUGGGACCCGAGUUCUGGCUCACCCUAAACUGACCCGGAUGGAACACUAUGAGUCAGACACCCACCUCUGUCCAGAGUCCAUCCCUGGAUCACCAGACUCUGGGCGGGUGUCUGUGGAACGUCGAAGAUAUAAUGCCUCACCCCUGUCCCUGGUAACCAGCUCAUCCAGGGAGUCUCUGGAGAACAUUCCCAACUCUGUGUCCCCCAUUACUAUGCGCCGGCGUCCCCCAGGUCUGUUGGAACGUCGAGGCUCCGGAACACUGUUGCUGGACCAUAUCUCCCAUACCAGGCCUGGCUUCUUGCCUCCUCUCAACGUGAACCCCCAAAGACCCAUCCCUGAUAUCCGGGCCAACGGAAAGCCCACCUCACCCAUCCACUGCGGACACAAGAUCCUGGUUCCAAUAGCCCCAACCUCACCCAAACGGGGCCCGGAGUUUAAAAUUAAGAAGAAGCUGAUGAGAAGACACUCAAUGCAGACAGAGCAGAUGAAGCAGCUCUCCACCUUCCAGGAGAUCCUGGCUGAAAAGGUCGUAGAGUCCAACGGAGAUUGAUGACAGGAGAGAGCAAAGCAUGAUGCAUUGGACUCUUUGGCAAGUUAAUUUACUGUGAAUCCCCUUCAUUUCGGUUAGAGUCCAAACUAACACCAGGUUCUGAUGUCUGAGGAGAGCAGAACAAGCCAGGAGCUUGGUUUGAAACAACCUGAUUGGACCAGUCUUUGAGCACUGAAGGUGUUGAAAAUACUCAAUACAACUGUGACUUUUGGUUCUGAUCCUGAAACAUCUCCAGUCAGAAAAACUGAGUUUUGAUGGAAGCAGCACACACUUCUUAAAAUAGGCAUAAGGAUGAUCGGGUGUUUCACAGAGGAGGAAGUUCUGGUUGCAGCAACUGAACAACUCCUACAGGGCUUGGCUGACCAGCAGUGAGAAACCUUCCUCCUGCUCUGAAGGCCAUUAGCUUCACUCCUCCCUGAAUCUUCUAAAUGAAAUCCCUACACCCAUUUAAGAUCAAACAUUUAGAUAACUCAUUUCCAUGAUCUGCGCAUGUGAUCAGCAUUAACAGGGAACCAUGGGAGUCAAAGUUGACAUUCAUGUCACGUCUCUGCUCCAGCGGCUAAAAGGAUGAGCUGGGAUCACGGAAGAUCCAAGGAUGGUCCUUCAGUGUAAGUCUGAGAGAUACAUCAACCAUAGGAUGGAGAACUGUAUGUAUGUAGACCGCCAGCAUUAGGACUCGGAGUUCAGACAGAUGUUGCUGUAAUAAGGGGAAGUGUCCUCAAAUCAAUGUUGCUGUGUUAUAAAUCAGAACCAGUCCUGUAAUUUCAUUGGACCAUUUUAACACCAAUUGUAAUAUGUGGAUGAGUGUGGCACUUUUGACACAAAAUGAAUCCAUCAAACUAUUCCUUUAACAAACCUCAAGUCAAACCACAGCAUGUUAACGUAGGAGGCCAAGUCAGCAUGAAGAUGGAUAUUAAUCAUCUGGACGUCCGCCAGAACCUAUUUCCUACUGAACUUCACAGACAGAGACAAUCACUUUCUCUCUGCAAAACCACAACAAUCUCUUAAAUUCCAAAAACACAUUUCAACUGUGACACAAAGCAGAAGGUGGGUGUUUGAUAGGCAGAGAGUGCCACCUGGUGGUUACAACGGGAACACACUCAUGACACUAACAAUUCAUGGUACCUGGACUGUUCAUAAUUAAGUGCACUGAUCUCAGGUCAGUUUUGAUCUGCAUCUCAGUAAAUUUCUCUAUCCAAGCAAAUGCAUGGAAAGCUGAGUGGAAGGAAAAGUGUUAUAGGAAAAGGUGACCAAUUUCUACCAGGAAGUUUUAGAGCCCUUCAUGUUUCCCUCUGCUUUUCAAGCUUUAUGGAGAUUCUGAUUUCAUUUCCCAGCAGAACUCGGUACCAGCCCACACUGACAAAGAACCAAUACCCGAUUUAUUCACCAUGGCAACACCGGUAAAUUGGUCUAACCCUAAACCCCACAGAGUAUCUAUGGACUUUUGACAAGAUGUAAGACACAAAUAAAUUAACUUCUCUAUGUUCUGAUUUAUGGAGCUGCAUCUGUAGAUGUUUGGUGUCUGCAGCCAUAACCUUAAUUCUUCUCCAUGUUCUCUGAAGAGGAGCUAAUAUUGCUGCAGCUCUUCUUCUUCUUCUCUACUCCUGGCUGAUGAAGGACAGGAAGCUUCACACUCGGAAAAACAUCAGACGACUUGUUUAAUGUUUACAGAUGCACAAUUUGCACGGAUGUUCUCCAGCUGAUGGACAAAAACCUGGACCUCCAGCUGUGGUUUGGCUGACCCAUCAUGUCCUCCUGGAUGUCCAUGUGGACCUAGCUGCUGUGCUGUAGGUCCUGCAGCUGUCUCUGGCUCAAUACUGAACCUGUUGUAGUUCUCUGAUGCUGGAUCUGUGUUCAGAUAAACUUUAAUCGGACCUUAAAUUCAUUGUUUUAGAAAACCCAAAGAAGUUGUGAGGAUUACGGAACCAGAACCUACUGACUCUGUAAAUAUAUCUGUGCAAUGUGGGCUGUGGUGUCACAUCAGUAGGGGGCGCUGCAGGACUCUGAUGACAACUUUUCACUACAGAAAUGUUGGUAAUAAACGAGUGAUGAAGUUUAA